GUCCCUAGGAGAGCUCAGCAUGAGACAACAGCCGCUCAGGCGCAAGCUGAAGCACCGAACGCCCAUGUUGCACAUGAAGUGGAAGAAAACGCGGAGCAUAUUCAACAAGCAGCAACCAAAGCAGCACAAGCAGCACAAGUAAGCUGCGUUCAUCCAUCCAGGCGAAAAUUCACUUACGCAUUGUAACCUGUAGGGAAUGGGGUCUGAACUAACCGGAGAGAGAGAUACUAGUACUGCCUUUGAUGUCUUCGCAAGCGAAGCGUCUCAGAAGACGAACGCCGCAGCCUCCGAAGGGCAAAGGGAUCUCCAUACGGCCAAGAACACCAGCGCAAGUUAUUUAGACCAGGCAAAGACAGCGGUGGAGAAUAUUGCCACUUCUGCUCAGGACUAUCUUCACGGUAGCACAGACCCGCAACUUGAAGCUUCGAACAAGCCAGGAGGAGACGCCAUGUCAUCAUCAUCGCAGACAUCGGCAUCGUCUGCUGUUGGAACCGCUCAGAAGUACUUUGCAUCCGCACAAGCCGCCGCUCAACCGCACAUCGAUGUUGCACGAUCCACUCUGCAACCACAUGUCGAAAAAGCACGCGAGACAGCGGAAGGUUACCUCGGAAUGCACUCUAGUACCUCGCCUUCUGGUGCGGUUACUCCGCCAUCAAACACGUGCGCAACUACCGGCACGCCCUUAGUUGCGGGCACACAAUACGGAUCUACGAUAACCACCACUGGUGCAGAUGAGAGAGAGUUGGAGUCAACUGUUGCGUAGAAUGUUAUGAUACCGAGGAGUUGUGUAGCCAUAGAUAUGACAUUGUUGCAUAGUCUCGAAGACUUCCUCUAGCUCGUUCUUGGAUGUCGCGCUUGUAGAAAGCAACCUUCAAGUGUGAAGUGGUGACAGCAAAACAGGCUAGUAUGCAAUGAUACUCACCCUGGUCUGAACGUAAUAAAUUUUAGUCACGGUCUCGAACCACACUGAACUAGUAGUAGGCAGCUGACACUGACAGGGAACGUUCGAGUUGUCAUUUGAAGACCAGCAACAGUACCAACCCCUUCAAGACAAGCUCAGGG